AUGGACGGGUUUCGAAGAUUCGCGGAGAAGCUGAUCAACGAUCCGCUUAAUCGUCUGCAAGGCGGCUCAGGAGGAGGAUUUUACGACCAAGAGCCACCAUCGCCUGCAGCAGCAGCCACCAGUCGCAGACGGCCAUGGGGACCCAACGGCCCUUCCAGCGGUGCUGCCAGUGCCAGCGGCAGCAGCAACGGCGGCAGCAGGAGCGGCAACAGGGGCGGGAUAACCUUCGGAGGAGGGGGGCUGAAUCUAGGCGGAAUUGGAGGGAUCGGGGGGAUUGGGGGAAUUGGAGGGUUGGGAAUUGGGAACGCUGGUGCGGAUGGUGGUGGUAGCAGCAGUGGCGGUGUUAAUAUCGGUGGUGGUGGUGGCGGUGGUGGUGGAAGCUUCAAAAGUUUUGGAGCUGGAGGGUUCAUGGGGGGGCCUGGUGGGUUCUUAGGAACUGGAACAGGCGGAGGGGCCUCUUUUUUCAAGAACAUCCAACGGUCCUUAUCCAUAGCCGCGCCUGAUCGUGGCCGUCCGCCUCCCGCCCCCACCCCUCGCGUCCCCUCCUCCCAGUCCGCCACGUACGAAUCUCCCCCUAUCCGCCCCCAGCCUCCCCCUUCUUAUGCCACUGCGAUUGGGGGAAGAUCAUCAGGCGGAGCAACAGAGCUUCAUAUAACGCUGGACGAGAUUCGGUUUGAGAACCAGAGCAGCAGCAGCAGCACGGGCGGAUUUGGGGCAAUUGCCAGUGGUAUUAGUGGUAGUGGCAGCGGUGGUGGUGGUCAUGGUAGUGGUGGGGACGGUCGUUCUAGUAGCACUGCUAUCGUCCGCACCCAAUCUGCCUCCUCCCCUGCCUCCCCAGGUUUCAGCGUCCUCUCUCUCUUCACCUCCCCGCCUCAAACCCACCACCACAACAACCAUCUCAACCAUCACCAGCACCAGCAACAGCAGUCGCGUCUGUCUCAGCCCUCCCCCCGCACCACCACUGCUGCUGACGUCAUCUCCUUCUUCACAUCCCCCUUCUCCCUCGGCCCCUCCGCCUCCCCCACGCCUGCCCCCCGCCAAGGCUCGGGGGGAGGCGCUUCCCCCCUCCGCAGGUCGUUACCAGGAGGGGUGGUAUCCCCUGCACUCUCUGGGGGCGGGGGAGUGGGAGUGGGGGGAAUUGGAGGGCUGUGGGCUAUGGUGACGCGGACGAGCAGCAGUGGGAUUGGAGGGGGAGGAGGCGGGUUGGAUGACGUGGCCGAGUCCCUGCCCUUAUCUGCCACGUCAUCAAUGAACACGUCACUGGGGAUCCUAGCUGGCAUGUCGUCGCUGCGACCCGUGCAAGCAGAGCAGGCAGAGCCGUUAGAUGCAAGAUUUUUCGAGGAGGACUUUGACCCUGUCCGAUGUGCGUUGGAGGAGCUUCCAGACGAACCCCUCUCGUUGCAACACCUCGGAACACAGUGUGGCAAGCGGCAGCUGCAGCUGGAUGAGGUGUCGGAACAGCUGGCGACGCAAGUGAUGAGUCACCACGAGGAAAUGGGUGCGUGCUGCAGCGCUGCUGCUGGGUGCUGCCGGGUGUUUCAGGGUGCUGUUGUCGGGUAUUGCGUGGUGCUGCAGGGUGCUGCUGGGAUGUUGGCAGUUGCUUCUAACACGCGGCGGCUGCUGAACAGUGCGCGUAAGGACAUAUCAAAGAACCUCGUGGUGUCCAACAACGUGCAGAAGAAACGCAUGGCCACUAGCAUGAUCCCAGUGUUGCAGCACAUGCAGCAGAUAGCACGGAUGAAGGCGCGGCUACAGCAGCUCGUGGAGGGUGGCCACUACCCCGCCGCGCUGCAGCUGUGCUCGCGCUGCCUCGUGCUCGUGGAGCAGAGCAGAGCGCUGUGGGCCAUUGGGGACAUGAGCAGCAGCCUUGAGGGCUGGCUGGCGCGAGUGGUGGAUGAGGUGGACGCCAUUCUCUUCACAGUCUGCCGUCGCUACAACCCCACCGCCUAUGCCACGGUGCUCGACUCGUACGCGGUGAUGAACGGGCUACCAGCCCUGGCGGAGAAGGUGCACAACUUCUUCUCCCAGGCGGUGGUGUCCGAGACGUAUGACAUCCUGCUGCAGUUUGUCGAGCAGGGAAGCACUGAAGACGACGCCAGGAGAAGCAGGACGGCAUACAGUGAAUUAUGCGGGCAGCUGUCGGACCGAUUCUUCUUCCUCUGCCUCAUCCGCACCAUGGAGCUCGUUUUCGAGCUCAUGUGCUCUCACCACGUCAUGAUGACUGCUCACCACCCUCUUCUCAAGACGCUUGAGCCAGCGAAUGCAAGCAGCAGCAAGACUGGCAGUAAGGGUGCAGCAGAGAGGGGUGGUGGGGAGAGCAGGGCGAGUGGGGAGAGCAGGGCGAGUGGGGAGAGCAGGGCGAGUGGGGAGAGCAGGGCGAGUGGGGAGAGCAGGGCGAGUGGGGAGAGCAGGGCGAGUGGGGAGAGCAGGGCGAGUGGGGAGAGCAGGCCAAGUGUGGAGAGCAGUGCUGCUCCGGACCGGUUUGAAGACUCGCUGUGCUUACCAGCUGCACAGGCUGUUGUGUUUGACGUCCUGGACGAGGCACAUUCCAGCACAGCACAGCCGCAUCCAAGCACGCCUGGCGUUGUCUCAAGCACACAGGCGACUGCUAAUGCUGCCACUGCUGCUGCUGCUGCGCCUGGCGCCAGUGGCAGCAGUGGUGCCAGUGGCAGCAACAGCGUCGCACCCAGCAGUGCUGCAGCACCCACCAACAGUGAUGGUGGUUUCAGUGAUAGAGUGGUGGGUGCUAGUGGCAGUGGCGGUGAGCAUUGGGACUUUCUGCAAGACGUGCAAGAUGAUGUUGACCGCAUGGAAGGGCGCGGGGGAGGGGCAGAAAGGGGAGUUGCUGUGGGCGAGAGAGGAAGAGACGGAGAAGGAGGGCCAUCAGCAGCCAAUGAGCUGAUGCCAGCUGUCCCGUCUCCGGCCAGUGAGCUGACGCCAGCUGUGCGGGAGGCGGCAGCAGCAGCAGUGAGGGGUGCGCUGGAGAAGGGCAGGAAGACGGUGUGGGAGCUGGCUGCUCGAAGGGUGGCGGCUCUGCUCUCUGCUCCUCCUGUGUGCUCCGGGACCUCUGAGCAGUUCCUGCAGAUCCUGUGCCUGGUUGAAGACUUUGUGCUGGCGGGGGAGGCGUUUACUCAAGCGGAGGCGGGGAGCCUGAGGGCCAAGAUGGGCCGGCAGUGCGACCAGUUCUUCCGGAACUACCACCGCCAGGCACUGGAGCCCCCGAGGUCUGGUAUCUCAACUCCUCCCGCCCCUCCCUCUCUUGCGAAACCCGUCACACUUUGUUCUGCUGCUGCAGGUGCAGCGUAUGAUGGUGGAUCGGGAAACAUGGCAGCCAUUGCCCCCGUCCUCCCUGCAAGCCCCCGAGAGACAUGGCAGCCCCUUCCCCCCUCCUCCCUGCAAGCCCCCGAGGUGCAACAUCUCAUCUCCUCCCGCUCCACCCUCGCCCGCACGCCCGCCAAAAUGCUCACCUCAUCCUCUCCCAGCGACUCUGCUCUUGCUGCGGCAGGAGGAGCAGGAGGAGCGGGAGGAGCAGGAACGGGUGUGGGUGGGUUCGGAAGGGAGGGAGGCGCAGAGGCAGGGCGCGUGUGGGAUUUCAGCCAUUGGAUGCAACUGGACCAGCCUUUCAACGUGGAGAAUGUUAGAGGUGGAAGGGAGCAGCUAGAUGCUGCUAGUGGGAGAGGGAGAGGGGUGGGUGGAGGGGUAGGAAGGGGAGGAAGAGGGGUGAACAGCGGUGGAGUGGGGUUGAUGGACUAUCAGGUCACUCUGCUGUUCUCUCUCGGACCCAUCUCUGCUGACGUCAUCAUGUCCGUGUGGCAGCUAUUCGACCUCUAUCUCAUCACAGUCUUUCGCAUCUUCGGCCAUCGGGAGGCCUUUGCUGCCCUGCGAUCCGCCGACCCUGCUGCCGCCCACUUGCUAUCCCCCAAGCUCCGUGCCGUGCUAACGAAAAUCCUGCACAAGUUUGAAGCCAUGGGCCUGCGCCCUCUCUCCCCGCCCUCCUUCUCCGACUCUGCUGCCUCCGCUGCUGCCUCCGCUGCUGCUUCUGCUGCUGCUGCAGCUGCCGCCUCAUCUCCUGAAUCAACCAUAGGAGCAUCUGCUGGUGGUGCUGCUGGUGGUGCGGCUAGGGGUGCUGGUGCUGGUGCUGGUGCUACGGGUGGCGGAGAGGGCAAUGGGGGUGUGGCAGGGCGGCCAAGUUUGUUUGAUGGCAAGACAGGCACCAGGGUGCUCAUCUCCUCCUCCAACUUCUACGCUCUCAGGGAGCGAUGUGUGGCAAUCGAGUCACUACUGUGGCUCUCCCACGUGGUGCAGGCAGCACGCCAGCGCUUCCUCUCCCACCUGCCCAAGGCUUCGUGGCCGCUGCUUGAGUCCUACACCUCCGAAACUUUGGAGGUGGUACCAGAGCUCUGUGAGCAUGUCAUGAGAACAGCUGCUCGAUUGCUCAUCAACUUCACCAGCUACGCAGACAAGAUCGCAGCUGGGAGAUGGGAGUCCCACGACGUCACGUCCUACCACAGCCCCUACGUGGAUGCACUAUUGUCGGAGUUCCGUCUCCUGUUGCAGCGACUCAACCACCUGGGCAUCCCAGUCCAGGUGCAGCAUCAGCUGGUGCAGUUUGCAAUGGAAGCUGUAGCGGACGUGCUUGUGGAGGGCUUCUCGCGAGUCAAGCGCUGCUCUAAUGAAGGGCGUGCGCUCAUGUCUCUCGACUUGCAGACACUGAUCAACGGCUUGCAGCAGCUCACAGGGCGCCGCCCGGACAUGCAGAUAGUUGACACGUACAUCAAGGCCUUUUACCUGCCUGAGACAGAGUACCUCUACUGGGCGCUCAGCCAUCCUGAGUAUUCACGAGCUCAAGUCGUUUCGCUGAUCAACCUGGUGGCCGUGAUGAAGGGGUGGAGGAGGAAGACUCGCGUGGACCUCAUUGACCGGAUUGAGGGGCAGGAGAUCAGAUGA